GCUGCCAGCGUUUCACCCUCUUGGUCCGGCAGAAUGAGAGGCCUGCUGUUCUCAUGCAGCUUUUUUGCAGCGUUGUAAUUAUUUUUGUGCGUGGACGGAGCGCUGAGAGGGAGGGAACAAGGCUUAGAGGGAAAGAGGGCGGAUAAAGGUAGUGCAUCGAUGGGAACCCAGUGGCUGCACAGAAUGAGAAUCAGUUGGAGAAGUGGAUGGAUUACAUGUGGGGUAAUGACUGCAGCGGACGCAUCGAUGAGAUGGCAAUUAAGCCCUUGCAACAUUUCCAAGCCGACCCGCGUCUUCAAAAGAGAGAGGAUCACAUGGGGCUGGGGGAGAUUUGAGGUGGUGGGCCUCAGUCUACAGGUCCUGUCAGGUACUGCUGGUUUUGGUUUCAGGAAUCAUUCAGAUUCCAACCCUGUGAUCUUGGCCUGAUUUCCUGUGAGGGAUUACUACUCUUCCACUGAGGCUUCUGAGAGGAAUUAUUUGAUAAACAAUCGGCUUGGCUCCAGCACUCCCUGCCACAAUGCCUCCUCUCAGUGUUGCUAUUUGUGGACAUAAACGUGUCUGAGUCAAGUGAGAACGGUCAUGAGGAGAAGUUAGCCUGUGACUAACACUCAGCUGGGCUGCCAACAUCACCCGCCUGACCACCAAACCACCGGGGCACAAAAGCUCAGACCAUCACCUGGAUUUUUUGUCCUGAAAAGAUCGUUGAAUGGGGAAUAUCAGUUGGAGGAGCCAACAUGGCUCCUCUGAGGACACAGACUCUUCUCUUCCAGGCGAUCUUGAUGAGGACUCAGACUCGCAGCGGUCACAUCUGUCCUCGUUCACCAAACUGAUGGACAAGUUCCAUUCUCCCAAAAUCAGACGAACUCCAUCCAAGAAGGGCAAACAACUGCAGCCUGAGCCGGCAGCCAAGAACACAGAGAAACCUGCUAAUAAGAAGGUCAGCCGGCUGGAGGAGCACGAGAAGGAGGUGGUCAGUGCGCUGCGCUACUUCAAGACGAUAGUAGACAAAAUGGUGGUGGAGAAGAAAGUUCUGGAGAUGCUACCAGGCUCUGCCAGCAAGGUCCUUGAAGCUAUUCUCCCUCUGGUUCAGGUGGAGGCGCGGAUACAGCACAGUUCGGCUCUCUCGUCCUGUCACAGCCGGGUCUACCAGAGUCUGGCGAACCUCAUCCGCUGGGCAGAUCAGGUGAUGCUGGAUGGCAUCGAUCUGGAGGACAAGGAGAAUGUGGCUUUCGUCACCAGUGUCAUCAAAGCUGUGCUUGAUGGAGUGAAGGAAUUGGUGAAGCUGACCAUCGAGAAGCAGGAGCAGCCAUCACCCACCACUCCUAGCAAACCAGCCCCACCAGUUACCACAACAGUGAGCGUUUCUCCUGAGAUUCCUCGAAUAGACAGAGAGCCAGAGGUUCUGAGCAAGUCUCCUGCUUCAACUCCAGCUGAGGCUACAUCUGAAACGACAGAUGAGGAAGUGGCGCCUCCAAAACCACCCCUACCUGAAGCCAAAAUGGCGGAACUCAGAGCACAGUUGAGUGCUGACGCUGGCCAAAGGAGACCGGGUCUGAAGGAGAAUCCACCUCCAGCCCUUCCCCCGAAGAAGCGCCAAUCUGCACCUUCGCCCACAAGGGUGGCCGUGGUUGCCCCCAUGAGCCGAGGCUCCAGCCUGCCCUGUAGUGUCCACAGACAGCAGCAGGACUAUGAGCAAGAGUUGCUGCAGAGGCGGUUCUCGGGGGGCAGCCAGUCGUACGGCGGCGACUCCCCACGACUGUCUCCCUGCAGCAGCAUGGGCAAGUUGAGCAAGUCUGAUGAGCAGCUGUCGUCCAUGGAGCAGGACAGCGGUCAGUGUUCCCGAAACACCAGCUGUGAGACCCUUGACAAUACAGAAGCCUACGACCCCGAUUAUGACUUCCUUCAUCAGGACCUGUCAGUCGGGGAAAACCUUCCUCCAAUACCAGUGGGAGGAUGCCUCAGCCCACUACCUGAGUCUCAUAGCGAGUCUUCCUCUCCGAUCCCUGGACAGCAUCCUUCGCAUCCCCGCUUCAGUGCCCCCCCACCCCAACAGCAGCCAGAAUACUGGACGCCGCAGCCCGGUCAUACCAACCCUCUGUCCCGCAUCAGUGCCCCCCCUGCGCUACCUCAGAAAAAGCGACGCAGCACUCAGAACUCUGGCAUCCUGGACUACGGGUCGAAGGUGCUGUACGAGCGCUACCCCUCCCAGUAUGACAACCUGUCCGAAGAGGAGAUGCACCCGACGCCACCAUUCCCGCUCUUCACGCCAAUCUCGCCCAUGCCGCAGACGAACGGAGGCGUGUUUGUCUCGCAGUACAUGGCAUGUGAAAACGCAGACGUGCCCUCCAGUCCACCGCCGCUGCCAGAAAAGAAAAGCCGGCACAUCCUGCAGUACAUGCAGUUUGUGGAAGACUACUCGGAGCCACAGCCGUCUGUCUUCUACCAGAUGCCUCAGAGCGAGAGCAUCUACGAGCAGAGGAACAAGCGCUUCCAGGAAGUCUACGGCUUCAACGACUCCUUCAGCAGCACAGAUUCGGUCCACGAGCCUGUUCUGCCUCCUGCGUUACCCCCUAAACAAAGACAACUGGCCUCCCAUUCCUCCUCUCCUUCUUCCUCCUCCUCUUCCUCUCUCUCCUGCCACCUCCAGCCGUCCGCGGCGGCUCUGGAGGAGGUGGGCACUGGGCUGGGCCUCAGUAUGUCCAUCUCUAACUCCUACCUGAUUGGCCAAGCAGCCUUGACCACACCCACGAGUUUGGACCAGGUUCCACUGACCAAUGCCACCAUGCUGGAUGGCAGUGUGGGCGGGUCCAACGGUUCCCCGGCUGGCUCGGGGGGCUCUUUGGCUGUUUGUCUUCCCUCUGAGUCGCUCAGUGAAUCGCUCCACACCUCAGCGAGCGAGAGUGCAAAUGACGAGGGCGGGGAGGGGGAGUACGUCAACUUGUACUCGUCCAGCCAGGCCAAUGGGGAGCUGCCGCACUCCCUCAGAGAAACGAUAGCAGCGGACGACGUUCUCCAGGACUCCGCCCCUCAGCUGCCCUCCUCCAACUGUAAAGAGAGCAUGAAUGCAGAGCGGAGGCAGAAGUCGACGGAGUCGGGCGGGAGCGACGAGGAGGACGUGGACGAGCUCUCGCUGGUCGACCACAAGGAGAUCAUGAACCGGAUAACACUAAAACAAGAAAAUGACGAUGGUCCUGACGUCCGUGCCGGAUCGGGAGACAUUUUACUAGUCCACGCCACAGAGACGGACCGCAAAGAUCUCGUUUUGUACUGUGAAGCUUUCCUGACCACAUACAGGACUUUUAUAACCCCGGAGGACCUCAUUAAGAAGCUGCACUACAGAUACACCAGCUUCUGCCACAGUCCCGACACCUUCAAGAAGCGGGUCAGCAAGAACACCUUCUUUGUGUUGGUUCGGGUGGUGGAUGAGCUUUGCCUGGUGGAGCUGACCGAGGACAUCCUGAAGCAGCUGAUGGACCUGGUCUUCACGCUGGUGUGCAACGGAGAGCUCAGCCUGGCCCGAGUCCUCCGCAAGAACAUUCUGGACAAAGUGGAGCAGAAAAAGCUGCUGCGCUACACCAACUCGCUCAAGCCCCUGGCUGCCAGAGGGGUCUCUGCCAGACCAGGGACGCUGCACGACUUCCGCAGUCACGAAGUCGCGGAUCAGCUGACUCUACUUGACGCAGAACUCUUCUACAAAAUUGAGAUUCCGGAGGUCCUACUCUGGGCAAAGGAGCAGAACGAGGAGAAGAGUCCGAACCUGACUCAGUUCACAGAGCACUUUAAUAACAUGAGCUACUGGGUGCGCUCGCUGAUAAUCCAGCAGGAGAAAGCCCAGGACCGGGAGAAGCUGCUUCUCAAGUUCAUCAAGAUAAUGAAGCACUUACGGAAACUGAAUAACUUCAACUCCUACUUGGCAAUUUUGUCGGCACUGGACUCGGCUCCGAUCCGGAGGCUGGAGUGGCAGAAACAGACCUCAGAGGGUUUGGAGGAAUAUUGCACAUUAAUUGACAGCUCGUCAUCUUUCCGAGCGUACCGAGCUGCUCUGGCUGAAGUGGAACCUCCGUGCAUCCCUUACCUGGGUCUCAUUCUCCAAGACUUGACCUUCGUUCACCUUGGCAACCCUGACCUUAUUGAAGGGAAAGUCAACUUCUCCAAACGCUGGCAGCAGUUCAACAUUCUGGACAGCAUGCGGCGCUUCCAGCAAGUUCAUUAUGAGUUGAAGCGGAAUGAAGACAUAGUCUCCUUCUUCAACGACUUCAGCGACCACCUGGCGGAGGAGGCGCUGUGGGAGCUCUCGCUGAAGAUCAAGCCCCGAAACAUCACCAGACGCAAGACAGACCGCGAGGAGAAGACCUAGAGAUGUGGCGGAGCCCCGAGGCUCUGAGACCGACCUCCAACUGUGCUUCACGACACUAUCUCCACUUUACUACAGACUGAACUCACACAAGCAGAGCAGGACUAGAGGCCGGCCGGGAAGGUCCGGGUGCAGGCUCGGCUCCGCAAGCUGGGAAAAUUCAAUUUGGGAUUGCCGCGGCUCCAGAUGGGAGAGGAACUGAAAUGGGACGGAGUCCGGUGCCGAGGCGUGGGGUGAGGACUCGCAAAGUCUCAGUCGUGGCGCUGCAGCGUGAAAUCAAAACCAUCCAUCGAAUCUUCGUGCCAUUCGCCUGUCGCCUCCUCCGAGCUGCUGUGAACUGACACGCAGGCCAGAAUCAGCCAAGGAGACCUGGUGAUUUUUUUUUUGUUUUGUUUUUUUUUUUUGGAAAAGAUUUUGUGUAAGAAUCAUGUGUGGUUAUUAUGUAUUAUAUACACUGCUCCUUUUGUUCUUAAAAAGGAUGUUUAUGCUUCUGAGAAGAGCCGAGCUUCUCCCAAGUGCCGUACAUAUGUGCACUCAAAAAAGCAAAAACAUGAAAAAGAUAAAGAUGCUGUGAUCUAUGUACGUCACCUUCAUCAUCCCACUCUUCAUCAGCGUGUGCUGUGCUCAAGUGUACAAAGGAAAGCCCAUCAGGUCAUCACAAUCAUGUGUGCGAGUGCGCGUGUGUUUGUGACUGAAGUCCUCAGCGUGUUUGUCAUUUCAAAAUGUGCCGUAGUAAAUCAUUCACCCCCUUUUUUUUGGAUACUGGUCAAAACCAACACAUCACACUGUGCUCUCAAACUCCAAUAAAACAUACAGCUGUUUCUAUAUAGACUCCUUUCAUCUUUGUCACCUAACUCUUUCGGAAGUCAGUGGAAAUGGUUGGCCAUAAAGACACUCUUGAUGUGGACCUGUUGGCUUACAUCUUCCAUUCCUAAACUCUGAUUAAGGGCAACAG